CUAGCUGUUUUAUAUGCUAUGUAUAAGCUGCAAUUCUCUGACUAGUCACAACUGGAAAGAACGAGAGCUCUGUUUGGAGGCUACAAUGGCUCAGUUGCAGGCUAUUUCUUCGUAUUCCUCGACCGAUCUCCUUUUCCGUCGACCCAAACUAGAGUCAUCUCCUUAUCAUGAUAAGUUGUACUGGUGGAGGAAGUUGCCAUUUGUCCCAGAGCAGCUAGGGACAAGGGGGAGUGGGAUUAACGGGCAGGCCAUUGUUCAUAACAAUGGAAGUCUUUUCCAAAAUCUUACUCGAGUUCAUAGCAAUCAAGCUAUUCGAGCCGUUGUAAGCAGUGAGAAGGAGACCGUCACGUCGGGUGCUUCAAAUAGUGGUUUACGUGGAAAAUUGAAUAAAGUGGUUCUGGCCUAUAGUGGUGGCUUGGACACUUCUGUUAUUGUCCCCUGGCUGAGGGAAAAUUAUGGCUGCGAGGUUGUUUGCUUCACUGCAGAUGUUGGUCAAGGUAUAAAGGAAUUAGAGGGUUUGGAAGAAAAGGCCAAGGCAAGUGGGGCUUGCCAAUUAGUGGUGAAGGAUUUAAAGGAGGAGUUUGUGAAAGAUUACAUAUUUCCUUGUCUACGAGCUGGUGCAAUCUAUGAAAGGAAGUACUUGCUAGGAACCUCAAUGGCUCGCCCAGUAAUUGCAAAGGCCAUGGUUGAUGUAGCUAAAGAAGUUGGAGCCGAUGCUGUUUCUCAUGGAUGCACAGGGAAAGGAAAUGACCAGGUCCGGUUUGAGCUUACUUUCUUUGCUCUAAAUCCUGAACUCAAUGUAGUAGCUCCUUGGAGGGAAUGGGAAAUUAGAGGGAGAGAAGAUGCUAUUGAAUAUGCAAAGAAACAUAAUGUGCCUGUUCCAGUGACCAAGAAAUCAAUUUAUAGCAGAGAUAGGAAUCUGUGGCACCUCAGCCACGAGGGAGACAUUUUGGAAGACCCAGAGAACGAGCCAAAGAAUGAUAUGUACAUGAUGUCUGUUGACCCAGAACAUGCUCCUGACCAGCCUGAAUACAUAGAAAUUGGGAUGGUUUCAGGCCUUCCUGUGUCGGUCAAUGGGGAGGAGCUCUCUCCAGCAUCUCUUCUAUCUAAGCUAAAUGAAAUUGGUGGAAGACAUGGAAUUGGGCGUAUUGACAUGGUUGAAAACAGGCUUGUUGGAAUGAAAAGCCGCGGAGUCUAUGAAACCCCUGGUGGAACCAUUCUUUUCACUGCUGCCCGUGAACUGGAAUCUCUAACUCUUGAUCGUGAAUCAAUUCAACAGAAAGACUCACUCGCUCUUAAGUAUGCAGAACUGGUGUAUGCAGGCAGGUGGUUUGACCCACUUCGCGAGUCCAUAGAUGCUUUCAUGAAGAAGAUCACAGAAACUACAACUGGGUCUGUGAGGCUCAAACUCUACAAAGGAUCUGUCACUGUUGCUGGUCUCAAAAGCCCCUACAGCCUCUACAGGCAAGAUAUUUCAUCGUUUGAGAGCGGGCAGAUCUAUGAUCAGGCUGAUGCUGCUGGAUUCAUUCGGCUCUAUGGUCUUCCAAUGAAGGUGAGAGCAAUGCUUGAGAAGGGUAUUUGAUGAUAAUGUAGUUUCAUGUGUAAAAAUAAGUUUUUGUUGAGGGGUUGAGUUUAGAAUUUAGAAUGCUAAGUGGAAUAUCUUAUUGCUUUCUGUAUGGAACAUGUUUUUAUGAAAUCCCCUCUGCAGACUAUGAUAUUAGAAAUUAUGUAAGUUAUAACAGAUUCUUGGAUGAAGCUUGGCAGAGGCGUAAAGUCUAUAGAGUGGAUGCAGGCAGUUGUAUCUUUUCCUUAGAAUGAUGGAAUGGAAUUGGGAAAGAUGAAGGAAAAUAAUUUUUGUUA